AUGGAAACCGGUGAUGAGAUGAGAAAUCAUUGUUUCCUCAUCUGCCGUCAGCCAUCCCGUCUGAAUCAAGGCUGGGAGGUUGAUCAAGCCAUGAACAUCCUUGGCACCCAGCUGUCAUGGCAAGUCAACGCGCAAUGUUGGAGAUUCAUGGGGAAGGAGCAUCAGUUGUUCCCAUUCCCGGUUCUUGUUGGCGGCGCGUUCGACGGCGUCCAUGGCCUGCAUCACGCACUGGGGCGGUAUCCCGGUCGCAAGGGUCUGCAUCUUGAUGACGCCGAGUCGAACACGGACUGA